ACGUGGCGCCCCAUCAUGGCGGCCUCCAUAGCGGCGGCGAGCGGCGGCUCCGUGACGCGGCGGCUGCUGCGGGGCGGUGAGAGCCUGAGCGGCGGCGGGGCCGCGGCCGAGGAACCGGAGGGCGCCGUGGUGAACGUCGUCUUCGUGGACCGGGAGGGGCGGCACGUCCCGGUGCGGGGCCGCGUCGGGGACAACGUGCUGCACCUGGCGCAGCGACACGGGCUGGAGCUGGAGGGCGCCUGCGAGGCCUCUCUGGCCUGUUCCACCUGCCACGUCUAUGUCAGCGCCCCCCACCUCGACCGGCUGCCGGCCCCCGACGAGCGGGAAGACGACCUGCUGGACCAGGCCCCGCUGCUGCAGGAGAAUUCCCGCCUGGGCUGCCAGAUCCUGCUGAGCCCGGAGCUGGAGGCCCAUUUCACCCUCCCCAAAGUCACCCGCAACUUCUACGUGGACGGGCACGUCCCCAAACCCCACUGACGGCGGCGGGGGGGGGACACACACACACACACGACACCCCCCCGGCAGGAUAAACGCCCCCCCCCCCCCCCCCGCGGGGAAGAAACCCCUCCAGGAGGAGGAAAACCCACCCCCACCAAGGACGAAGAAACGUCCCCCGGGAGGAUGAAACCGCCCCACGGAGGAUGAACGCCCCCCCCGCAGCGGGAUGGAACCCCCCCCGUGGAGGAUGAACACCCCCUCCAAGGAGGAUGAAACCCCCCCAGGAGGAUUAAAACCCCCCAAGGAGGAAACCCCCCCCCAGGAGGAUGAAGCUCCCCCCCAGGAGGAUUAAGACCCCCCCAAGGAGAAUGAAACCCCCCCCAAGGAGGAUGAACAC